AUGGUUCGAAUGAUUUUGGGAGUAGCAGCGGUUUCCCUAUUUCUCUCAACAGUAAAUGCUGUAUCAACAGCUUCAGCGGCCUUUGUCGCAAAUGAUACAAGCGUCACAUUUGCUCUCAAAAUACCACUAAAAAACCCGAACAAUGAUCUAUAUUUCAGUAUAUCAGGUCCGAGCAGUUGCUCCUGGAUAGCUAUAGGGAUGGGAUAUAAUCAGAUGAAGAAUUCCCUUAUGUUUAUGAUGUAUGCCGACUCGACCGGAAACAAUGUAACUCUCAGUCCUCGCAUAGCUUCCGGGGAGAGUGAACCAUUGCACACCAAAGAUAUCGUGGUUGAACCGAUGGCUGGCACGGGAAUCACCAACGAUACUUUCACGUGGAAUGGAAAGUGCCUUAAUUGCACCUCGUGGAAAGGGGGGUCCAUAGGUUCUACAACGAAUUCGAAAGCAAGCUUUAUAUGGGCAAAUGGACCACCCGGAACACUAAAGUCCAAUUCGUUGCACGCCGAUAUUAAUAGACAUAGUUCUUAUGGAGUGUUUUCGAUGGAUUUGUCGAAAGCUAUUGGUACAGCUGGGGUGCCCGCUAUUCCUACAUCCAAUUCCAAAGGUACAAGCCAAAUUUCAGAAAAGGCGGACAAUCAUUUCUCGCCAGCGGCUCAUGCUGUUCUGAUGAUUUUGGUAUUUGUUGGACUUUUACCAUUGGGAAUCGUCAUCCUGAGGGUUUUGAAUAGUCCAAGAUGGCAUGCUGUCAACCAGACUAUAUCUCUUGCAAUCGCUCUCAUAGGCCUUGGAUUAGGUGCUAAAUUGGGCACGCUUUACAAUCGAACGAAGAAUUUUCAAUCCGGACAUCAAAUCUUUGGUGCCAUCAUCAUAAUAGCCAUGAUGGGACAAUUCAUUCUCGGCUUUCUCCACCACCGAAUGUACAAGAAGACCUCAACCACCACCAAAUUUGCUCCCAUCCACGUUUGGAUCGGGCGUAUUGUCAUUCCAGCCGGAGUCAUAAAUGGAUUCAUCGGAUUCCCCCUCGCUCUCAACCCGAAAUUAGACUGGGCACUUCUAGUCUGCACCCUCCUCAUCAUAAUAAUAUUCGGCCCCGUUCUUUUCUGGGGGUACAGGCGUCGACACGCCAAGGAGAUCGAGGCCAUCACGAGGGAAACCGAAGGCUACGAAGCAGAGCCGUGGAGAGCUCCUCAGGCGCAGUAUGAUAUUGGUCUCAACCAUAUGAACACGAAUUCGAACUCUAAUUUUGGAGUGCCUCCGCCCUAUAAUGCGGGGGGACAACAGCAGACGUCGCAGCAGCAGCGGAUGCCGGUUCAGUCGUCGCAUCAUUUGCCAGCGCAGCAGGGAGCGCAGUUUGUUUGA